AUUGUAUAUAUUAGUUGACCUCAUUAUAAGUAUCUUAGGUACCUACGGUUUAAGUACAUCAUCUUGCUACGAUACGUUAUUACAUUCAGAUUUAAUUGGCUGAGCAGUUGGAACUAUUCCGAAAGUGACCUUCAUCCUUUAGUUCUAUCCUUAAGUUCUACCAACGCAUUCUUCGCUGCCAAAAUGCCCACAGCUCGGAGUCGCGUCCUGAACAUCAACGAGCUACUCGAAAGCAUCAUCUUAUAGGUUGAGAACGGAGAUGUCCUUAUCAAUGUGCAGCGGGUAUGUAAGCGCUGGCAAAAUAUCAUCAUGAGGUCUCCCAGACUCCAGACAAAACUAUUCUUCCGCAAAAGUCCCAAGCCAUUGACCGGGCAAAGAUACACGAAAAACCAUACUAUCGCAUUCUUUAUCCCACCCUUCUUCAACAUGGCCUCAAACGAGUCUGAACUCCACCAUUCCGGAACCACCAAUUUGUCGUUGGGCCGUAUUCGCUCGCUUUUCCAUGAUGAAGACAUGCGGAGAACGUGGCUGACCAGAAAUGCGUCCUGGCGAAAAAUGUUCGUAUCACAGCCGCCAAUCGAGGAGAUCCAUUGGAAGGUGACAAGAGAAGACCAACCGGAACCUGGGGGACGCAUGUGGCCUGAGAAAACUGCCUUGUUCAAGUUUCCCGACGGGCUGCGCAUGGGCGCUUUCUACGACUUGAUUCUCGGCACAACAAGCAGAUACCACAUCACAUGGCCGAGCUUGGAAUGCCACAGAGAGUCUUUUGAGCACUCGGAUCCGCCAUCUGAGACCGAGUGGAAGGUCUACCAGGUCAAUACAAAGAAGUAUAGAAGGAACGCAAUCCUAAUCCAUCAAUACGUCUUUAUGGAUGACCGCCCAGAAUAUCAACAGCGGGAGAUGUUCUGGAAUCCAACGGAUCUCCGAAAAUACCGUCAGAACCUCGCUACAGUCAAGUCGCUAGUCUGGAAAGAGGUGGCUGGAGGGGGUAUGAAAUGGACCUAUGAAUCACACGGAAACGAUGCCGAAGCUAUGGAGUGUUUUCUCCGCGCAACUCAGGAACCUGGUCACCGUGAGGAGGAAUACCCCUAGUCCGAUAUGUUUGCAAGUAAUGCUAGUAGGUUAUAACUGGAUCACCAAGUAUUCAGUGACAACUAUCUUUUACAAGCGCCCCCUGUAACGCUAGAUAUUCCCCCGGGGCGUGUUUGUAUGUUUAGUUUGAGGGGAUGGCCUCAUACAUGUAGCCCUCAUGGCAUUGCCUAGCUCACAAUAGGUAGUGUUUAUGAAAUAUUACUCAAGAACCUUCUGUUGAGUAAAUGACUGAAGUUAA